AUUGUGGCAAAUUCUACCACCAUUUGGAUGAAUAAUAAUAAAACAUUCAUUUAUUUUAUAGCAUCUGCAAACAUCCCAAAACCUUUCAACCAAAAUAUGUAUAGAUGAGUGUGCAGACCAAAGUAAGGACAUCAGUAUGUUACAUUUAAAAAUAAGUCAAGGUUAAAGGCGAUGUCCUCUUUUAAGAACAUCGCAAAUACAAUUCCAGUACUCCAAGUACAUAUUCUGUACCCAGCCACCUGGGAGGACUGAGAGACCUAAUGGUUUUCUGCUCUCUGGAACUUCUAUGCCAGUUGUGACUUUCUCACCCAAAUUUGUAAAUUCGCAAAUUAACAUGCAGCGAAUAAUUACAAUUGUAAACACCUGGAAGUGGAAAAGGCCGUGAGGAUAAAUUGAGAGGAAGAGUAAAGCUAAUACCAUAAGUUGCAUACCAGCAGAUCUGAGUAUCGUCAUGAAUAAUUGGUUAGCUUUUCCACAUGCCUUAGAAGUUUCAGCAAGCACCUAGCGAACAUCUUAAUCCAAAUUUCUCAAAAAAUGAGAGAUUUUAUUUAAGAUCAUUCCUCAAUUUAUCUUAGACUUUCAGCUACAUAGUUAGUCCGGUAGUGUAACAGUAACAGGUUUUACGUAAAUGCCAGGGGAAAAGAGAGGAAAGCUAAAUAACCAAGUAAAUCUGUAUCUAAUUAACAAACUGGCUAAAUAAGGUGUUAUCAGCUGCUUGAUAUAGAGCUGAUAAAAUCUUCAGCUAGGCAUACUUGAGGCCUGAUUACAGAAGUGACCGUAGUCCACCCACACACCUGAAAUUUAUUUAAGAGACCAAGCUAGGCUCUUCCUGGCCUUUAGGAAGAGGACUGGCAUGGAGAAAUAUGUUCCUCACUAGUUCUCCCAAGCCAUGGCACUUCCCAACAAAUUCCUCCUUUGGUUUUGCUGCUUUGCCUGGCUGUGUUUUCCUAUUAGCCUUGGUUCUCAGGCUUCUGGGGGAGAAGCUCAGAUUGCUGCUAGUGCUGAGUUGGAAUCUGGGGCUAUGCCUUGGUCCUUGCUACAGCAUAUAGAUGAGAGAGACAGAGCUGGCCUCCUUCCUGCGCUUUUCAAAGUUCUAUCUGUUGGGCGAGGUGGGUCACCUAGGCUGCAGCCAGACUCCAGAGCUUUGCACUACAUGAAGAAGCUCUAUAAGACAUAUGCUACCAAGGAAGGGAUUCCUAAAUCCAAUAGAAGUCACCUCUACAACACUGUUCGGCUCUUCACCCCCUGUACCCGGCACAAGCAGGCUCCUGGAGACCAGGUAACAGGAAUCCUUCCAUCAGUGGAACUGCUAUUUAACCUGGAUCGCAUUACUACCGUUGAACGCUUACUCAAGUCAGUCUUGCUGUACAAUAUCAACAACUCAGUUUCUUUUUCCUCUGCUGUCAAAUGUGUGUGCAAUCUAAUGAUAAAGGAGUCAAAGUCUUCUAGCAGGACUCUCGGCAGAGCUCCAUACUCAUUUACCUUUAACUCACAGUUUGAAUUUGGAAAGAAACACAAAUGGAUUCAGAUUGAUGUGACCAGCCUCCUUCAACCUUUAGUGGCCUCCAACAAGAGAAGUAUUCACAUGUCUAUAAAUUUUACUUGCAUGAAAGACCAGCUGGAGCAUCCUUCAGCACAGAAUGGUUUGUUUAACAUGACUCUUCUGGUGUCCCCCUCACUGAUCUUAUAUUUGAAUGACACAAGUGCUCAGGCUUAUCACAGCUGGUAUUCCCUUCACUAUAAAAGGAGGCCUUCCCAGGGUCCUGACCAGGAGAGAAGUCUGUCUGCCUAUCCUGUGGGAGAAGAGGCUGCUGAGGAUGGGAGAUCUUCCCAUCACCGUCACCGCAGAGGUCAGGAAACUGUCAGUUCUGAAUUGAAGAAGCCCUUGGGCCCAGCUUCCUUCAAUCUGAGUGAAUACUUCAAACAAUUUCUUCUUCCCCAAAAUGAGUGUGAGCUCCACGACUUUAGACUUAGCUUUAGUCAGCUGAAGUGGGACAACUGGAUUGUGGCUCCGCACAGGUACAACCCUCGAUACUGUAAAGGGGACUGUCCAAGGGCAGUUGGACACCGGUAUGGCUCUCCAGUUCACACCAUGGUACAGAACAUCAUCUACGAGAAGCUGGACUCCUCAGUGCCAAGACCGUCAUGUGUACCUGCCAAAUACAGCCCCUUGAGUGUUUUGACCAUUGAGCCCGAUGGCUCAAUUGCCUAUAAAGAGUACGAAGAUAUGAUAGCUACAAAGUGCACCUGUCGUUAACAAAUGGUCCUCUUAAAACCUUGAGCCUAUUUGGCAAAGUAACUACUGUGUGCCUAUGUGUGCCUUCAAGAGAAAGCUUCAUAUAUUAAGUCUCUAAAUGUAGCAUAUGUUAUAUAAAGAGGAGCCUGUGUAGGUUAGUACCGUCUAUGGCAUCUAUCAGGAUAAAGGGAUAACAUCAAUUGUUGCUACAGAGCCUUUUUUUAUUUCCAAAUUUAAAUGAAAUAUAAUUAUUGUGGAGAACUUUACAUUUUUUUCCUUGAGUGAUUUUUUUCUUUUCAUAGGAGUCUUAUUCUUUAUAGGGAAAAAACCUUAAUUAGCAUCAAUCCUGGAUGGACUUGCAGCUAUAAAUAGGCAAUUCAGAUUGCUGUAGUCUUAAUGGAAGAAUAAAUUUCUGUCAAUGG